GCAAAGACGAAAACUGGAAACAUUAAGGGAAGAAACUGGAAUUUCACGUUGUUUUCUCGGCGUGUGGAAGACUUUGGUAUGCUAAAAAUAUCUCGCAGACGAGCUGAAAAUUGAUGUGUACAUGCAUAUGUGUACAUAUAGAAGAUUGUCGAUUUUCCCUCCAUAGACUCUCUACGUGAACACCAAGUGUUGUAACCUCGGAUGAAGUGGGGGCCGCAUAUAAGACCCCGACGUUUGAAGGGGCCCAGUAGUCUCUAGUCACCGAUACGACUGCGUUACUACGACUGGAUCAUUGUACAUAGUGACGUCAUUCUUUUUCUCUCUUUCUCAAUCGGCGCCCAUCCUUCGUCAGCAUGAAGACGAUAGUUCUUCUCCUGAUCUGUUUCGGAGCUGCCACUGCUUUGACAAGGAAACAAGAGGCCGCUGAGCAAAGCCGUCGGAAAGUCGCUUCGGCCACAACGGCUCCGAAGAAAGAGGAGCCAGUGGAGGAAUACGACGAUGACGAGCUCCAGGACCAGUGUCCGGAGCCCAACGGAUACUUCCCGGAUGCGGAACAAUGCGAUAAAUAUUACGACUGCCGCGACAACAAGAUAACGGAAAAAUUGUGUCCCGAUGGUCUUGUCUUCAAUGAUUUCAGCCCGCAGCACGAGAAGUGCGACUUGCCGUUCGGCAUCGAUUGCUCAAAGAGACCCAAGAGACAAAAGCCACAACCGUCAUCACACUGUCCUCGCAUGCACGGCUACUUCGCCCACGAGGACCCCAGGAAUUGCAAUACCUUCUAUUACUGCGUGGAGGGCAAGUUCAACAUGAUCACUUGCCCGGACGGUCUGGUCUUCUCCGAGAAGACCGGCAUCUGCAACUGGCCGGAUGAGGCGCAGAAGAAGGGCUGCGGCUCCCGCGAGCUCUUCAACUUCACCUGCCCAAAGGUCGAUGAGUCUGUGGCCGCGACGCAUCCACGUUAUCCCGACACUGAGGACUGCCAGUACUUCUAUGUGUGCGUCAAUGGUGAAGUACCGAGGCGAAGUGGAUGCAAACUCGGCCAGGCAUUCGACGAGCGCAGUGGAAAAUGCGACUGGGCCAGAAAAAUACCCGAAUGCAAAGACUGGUACAAAGGUCAGCUGACCGACGAAGAAUUGGAUGCCUUGGAGAAUCCACCACCCAAACCCAAGCCCACCGGUGGACCAAGCAGAAGAAAAAGUACCAGACCGACCGUUUAGGGUCAAGAUGUUAGAUUAAGCAUGUAGGUUUUUAAGUUUUUAUUUCUAAACCGCCCUAUUGUAUAAUAAACUUAUCUUUACUACAAACACAUGUCUUUCAAAAUAUAUUCCGUCAUAAAUCC